GACAGAAGACUAGAGCAUCUGCGCCUCCUGCAUCAUUUACAUCAGAUUGUGUAUGAGCUGUACUUCCAUGUCCAAACCAUCGAAUAUAAACCGCCUGCAAGUCAAAACAGUCCAUUUUAAAACCUAAGCUCAUCUCCUUUUGAUUCGUUAUAAGGAAACCUCUGUCUGAAAAUGAGAAGAUAAAUAUUUCAUCAACCCACACUUUCCUCUAUCUAUUGACUAAAUCCCACUCUCUUUUGUACACUUGACCUCAACUUGCCCUGCCCAAACGGAUUUCCUAGAAUCUCUCCCUCCCCAUUGCUAAAAAAAGACAUUUUCAAAUGCCUAAAAACAGCAAAACCGUCAAGAGAGAGAUUGACGAUGACGAAGUUACAGAAUCUGUCAAAGAUUUGCUCUCCAAUGAAGAUAACUGUGAGGACUCUUUCAAGAGCAGCUCUUUAAUGGUAGGAGAUGUUCCACAGAAUAAGGAGCGGGAUGUUGAGGAGGGCUCAGAGGAGGAGGAGGAGGAGGAAGAAGAGAGGCCUGCAUGGAGCAGCAAGCUCCAGUACAUCCUUGCCCAAGUGGGCUUCUCAGUGGGCCUGGGCAACGUCUGGAGGUUCCCAUAUUUGUGCCAGAAAAAUGGUGGCGGAGCGUAUCUGGUUCCCUACCUCAUUCUGCUGGUGGUGAUAGGGAUUCCCCUCUUCUUCCUGGAGCUAGCAGUGGGCCAGCGCAUCCGAAGAGGCAGUAUUGGGGUGUGGAACUACAUCAGCCCACGUCUGGGUGGCAUCGGCUUCGCCAGCUGUUUGGUGUGCUUUUUUGUGGCUCUUUACUACAAUGUCAUCAUCGGUUGGAGUCUCUUCUACUUCUCACAAUCCUUCCAGCAGCCUCUUCCUUGGCACGAGUGUCCCCUGGUCAAAAACAAAACUAAUACAUAUGUUGAACCAGAGUGUGAGAAAAGUUCAGCCACUACAUACUACUGGUAUCGUGUGGCCUUGGACAUCUCUGAUUCCAUCUCUGAGAGUGGAGAACUUAACUGGAGGAUGACUUUGUGCCUGUUGGCUGCUUGGACCAUGGUGUGUCUUGCUAUGAUGAAGGGUAUCCAGUCUUCUGGAAAGGUGAUGUACUUCAGCUCUCUGUUCCCAUAUGUUGUGCUUAUUUGUUUCCUGGCCCGUGCUUUCCUGCUCAAGGGUUCUGUUGACGGCAUCAUCCACAUGUUUACACCAAAGCUGGAAAUCAUGCUGGAACCCAAAGUGUGGCGUGAAGCUGCCACACAGGUCUUUUUUGCUCUGGGUCUUGGUUUCGGUGGUGUUAUCGCAUUCUCCAGCUACAACAAGCGAGACAACAACUGCCAUUUCGACGCUGUGCUGGUCUCUUUCAUUAACUUCUUUACCUCAGUGUUGGCCACUCUGGUCGUGUUCGCUGUACUGGGCUUCAAAGCUAACAUCAUGAAUGCCAAAUGUGUGGAAAUGAACACAAAGAAGAUAAUUGGUUUCCUUGGAAAAGAAAUCAAUCCAAGCUUGAUCCCACACCAUAUUAACUUCAGUAAUGUUAGCCCUGAGGACUACCAGCAAAUGACCAACAUUAUCCGGGGCGUGAUGGAAAACGAUUACCCACGCCUAGGUUUAGAUAGCUGCGACAUCAAAGAAGAGCUGAACAAGGCUGUGCAGGGCACAGGCUUGGCCUUCAUCGCCUUCACUGAAGCCAUGACCCAUUUCCCAGCCUCGCCCUUUUGGUCGGUCAUGUUCUUCCUAAUGUUGGUCAAUCUGGGGCUGGGCAGCAUGUUUGGCACUAUCCAGGGCAUCCUCACCCCCAUUGUGGAUACCUUCAAAGUACGAAAGGAAUACCUCACAGUUGGUUGCUGUGUACUUGCCUUCUGUAUUGGUUUAAUAUUUGUCCAGCGAUCAGGGAACUACUUUGUAGCCAUGUUUGAUGACUAUUCUGCUACUCUGCCUCUCCUCAUCGUUGUUCUUCUGGAGAACAUUGCUGUGGCCUGGGUCUACGGCACCGACAAGUUCUUUGAGGAUCUAAAGGACAUGCUUGGUUUCACUCCAUACCGCUAUUAUUACUAUAUGUGGAAGUUUAUCACACCAGUGCUGCUGCUGGGUCUUCUGGCCACAAGCAUCAUUCAUAUGGGACUGUCGCCACCUAGCUACAGUGCAUGGAACCAGCAACUGGCUCAAGAACAGUCUCUCAGCUAUCCGCCCUGGGGCCUGGCUGUCUGCAUCUCACUGGUGGUCAUUGCCAUCCUCCCUGUGCCUGUGGUUUUUAUUCUGCGCUGUCUGAACAUCAUCGACGAGAACGCAGGAGGCCUGUCUACUGUCUCCUAUAAAAAAGGCCGCAUUAUAAAAGACACUGCUUGCAGGAACAGAGAAGAGGACGAAGACGAUGCAAGUCUUCUCAAUGCGAAGACGCCGAGCGAAGCCCCGUCACCCAUGCCAGCCAAUUACCGGAAGCAGAGCAGACCUGCUUCAGGCGCAGACGUCAUGCUCAACGGUAGCUGCAGCACUGGAUACGUAAUGCCGAAUAUUACAGACAUUCCGGACAUGCCCGAAUCUGAUUUGUGAGGACCUGUUUAGCCUCAUCUGUAACUGUGAGGACCAGUAUCAUUUCAUUUGCCCUGUAAGAACCUCUUCAUCGAGUUCCAGACCUUGUCAAUCAUGAUUCAUUGAGUGGGAAUGGAAACAGACAGCGUUCUCCUAUAGACCUCUUCUAACAGCCAUCUUCAUUUCACACUGGUCCAGUACAAAAGUUUCAACAUUUCUAAUUGUAGUAUAUGUGUAGCUAGCGCUAACGCCCCCCACCCCCAUCCCAACCCAUUGCCCCAACUGUUGCACGCACUUACCCCCCUCUGUAGAGGCCUGUAGACCCCUGGUUUAUGCUCUACUGUAGAAUGGCUAUUUGUACAAACAGAUUAUGUUGCAAGUCAGGGCAGUUACUGUCCACAAAAAUCGAGAUUAGAAGCAGUUUAGCAGCUUUGGAAAAAGUCUAGAAUGUAAAUGUAUGCGUAAAAUGUGGAAAACAUGCAAUACUUUUCUUUUGGAUGUAGUUUAAUCAUUGUACACCGGUGUAUGGAUUGCGUUUAAUACAACCUUAACUCAUUGUUCGAAAAUGCGUGCCUAAUUCAUUCUAAAAAUGUUAAUAGAAUACAAGGCAUGAAUGUUGUACAUUUAAGGUAUUCUGUAAAUAUAUUACGAAUAAAUUUACUCAAAUAUAGUUUGGAAUACAGAUCAUGUUUUUGGUAAGAAGUGCUUAAAAAUCCAGUACGCUGACUUUUUUGUUUGUUUGGUUGAUUGUACGUUUGCUGAUGUGCUAUCAUUGUAAAGAGUCUUGAGACUCCUCCCUCUUCCUGUAAAUAUUUUUUCAUGAAUUUGCUCAAUGACGCAGUAUUUCCCUUCUCAAUAUUGAGAUUAAAAGAUCAAAUGAUUCAGACACACUGUUUGGCUUUACUACUUUGUUGCGCUCCACAAUAACGUGACCUGAAAUGAAAUGAGAAUUAAAAAAAGACAGUACAUGGAAAAAUAUGCACCAAUAUAAGCACAGAUAUUAAAAUUCUGGCUGAUGUCAAUUAUUUGAAUUGUGUUAUAACUGGCUGAUUUUAUUU